AUGGUUUUUCUUGAUGAUUUUUGUGAAGUAUUAGAAGAGUUGCCGACAGAGCUUCAGGAUCGCUACGACGAAAUUGGUAGAUUAGACGAGGAAGUGGAAGAAUCCAGGGAAAAUUAUCACCGUAAUGUCGUCGCCUUUUUCAACAAGACGCCAGAGCUGGACUCUGAGGGAAAACGUAAAGAAGUGGAGAAAUUGACGGAGGAAUGGAAUUCGAUUCGGAAGAAGGCCAAGGCUAAAGUUGAAAUUGCGGAAAAGGUGCAGGAUCUCCUGGAGAAGUUUGUGCAGCACCUUGAUCGGGAGAAGGAACAUUUCAAGGGCGAACUGGAGGCGGAUAACCCUGGGAUUACCGCAAUCAUCGAGCAGCGCUUCACCGAUUAUCUGAAGUCAAUGCUGUACCAAGGCGACAAGCCGCGGUUGUCGAUGCAGCUGUCGAUGCCGAAUUUUGACGAUCCCUUCAUCGACCCGUUGUUCCAGAAUGACGAUGAUUUGUUCAACCCGGAUUGGGAUCGGCCGCAGGGCAGACGGGGAAGCGCUGCGUCGAGCUCAGAUGAAGCUGGGCCAUUUAGGUCAAGAAGACCUACCAACCCGCAGCUCCGUACUCCGACGACAGCUGGCAUUGAUCUUUCGCCUGCGUCUUCCGAGAAAAGUUGGACCCCGUUCGGCAGCAUGUCCCACGAUAACAGCCCGGGCCCAAAUUUGAGCCAACCGGCUUCAAAUCCAGCAAUGCCAAAUUUCUCCGGGAUCGAGAGUCGACAUGGGCGACAAAGAAAGCUGACAUCGCGGGUCCAGGAGAUGUUCAAGGACACGCUGCAACGCCAGCGCUCCUACCACUAUGUGCCUGCCGAGGAGCCGGAAGAGGAAUCCGAGUCUUCUGAAGAAGAUGAGGAGGGCCGGAAGACGUGGUGCAUCUGUAACGAGAAGAGCUACGGCAAGAUGGUGGCUUGCGAUAACCAAAAGUGCCCCUACGAGUGGUUCCACUACCACUGUGUCGGUAUCACGGCCCCGCCGCGCGGCAAAUGGUACUGCCCGCACUGCUCCGAGAAUCUCUGCGCCCCCUCCCACGACCGCCCGCUCGUCCCGUCGUCGGCCCCCCACGAGACGCCGGCCAUGGACAAAGAGACGGAGGAGCAGCGCCAGAUGCGGCGCAUCGCCUUUGUUGCCGUUGUCGUUUCGACAACGGCCAUCAUCGCCUCGGUGCUGACGUUGCCGAUGCUGUACAGCUACGUCCAGUCUUUCCAAUCCCAUCUCAUGGUCGAGACGGACUAUUGCAAGGCCGUGUGCUGCACCUGUAACCAGGGACCGCCUGGCCCGCCUGGACCCGAGGGACCUCCUGGAAAUGAUGGAAAGGACGGCUCCGGCGGCAAAGACGGACUCAAUGGCCAGGAUGCCGAGCUUCUCCCAGCUCCCCCAUCAGAGCCAUGCAUCAUCUGCCCCCAGGGCCCACCCGGCCCCAUGGGAAAUAUGGGCCCCAAGGGACCGCCCGGACCCAAGGGAUCUCCCGGAGAACCCCCACAGGACGGAAAGCCCGGAGAGGACGGUAUGCACGGACAACCCGGACCUAUGGGAAGACCCGGAAGGGAUGGUAUGCGAGGAGCCCCCGGACAGUCUGGACGUCUCAUCCCUGUCCCCGGACCUCAGGGACCUCCUGGCCCGGCUGGACCUCGUGGACCCGCUGGUCCCAAGGGCAACCCCGGACCCGACGGACAGAGCUACGAUGGACCUCCUGGACCUCCUGGAGACCCUGGACAGCCCGGAAAGGAGGGACGACCCGGACCCAAUGGACCUCCCGGACCCCCAGGAGACGACGGCCCGAAGGGAUCGUGCGAGCACUGCCCCACCCCCCGUACCCCACCCGGCUAU